AUGGUUUUCAUUCGCGAGUGCCACGCUUCGGGUAGAGUAAUUUCCCCUGCAACUAUGCUAGAGCGACGUCAUAUUUGGGAUGAGUAUGUUAACAUGUUUAGGUGCAAGUUUGGGAAAACCGAUUGGGGUUUUAUAAAUGGGGAAGUGUAUGGUGAUUUUGUUAACCUCACGCUUCUUAGUGACACUGACUCAGUGUCUUCUUCCUCGGGUUCAUACGAGUUUCCAAUAUGCUGGACCCAAGAGCCUGUUUCAAUCGGGGGCUACGAACCUAGUAAGUUGGAUAUGUUUGAGAAAUUGGUGGUGGAGACCUUUGAUGCUUUCAUGGUUUUUCCGAUUCAUGAAAUUUUAGGUUAUGAAGAUGAUCCUUUGAGUUUGCGGAGUUUUUUAGACAAAAUGGCGGAAUUUGAUCUUAAGGAGAUGAUGUCUUUGUUGGCGAAGGCUAAAGCUCCACGUGGCUUAUGGGGUAGAGACGGACCUAUUUUGGCCGAUCCUCCAUCCCGCCAUCCUCCUUUGAAGAAGAAGAAGGUUGAACAUUGGAAAGCGAAUGAGGGGUCUUCAAGGUUGAGUGAAGAUGACAAGCUCGAAAUUUUUCUAGGUGGGUCUUCUGCGGGCGUGGCAGUGAGAGGCCCCCCACCUUGGUCUUUCAACUUUUGGGAUUCCUCCUUUGACAAUUUCCACUUUAUGUAUGAUUUUCUUGGUUUCGAUGGAAACAUUGAGAAAGUUAAAGUCGUGGGUGCUUAA